AUGGUUCUGGCCAGUGUGCCGUUGGGAUAUGUCUCUGUGCACCAGACCAACACGGAUACACUCACACUGCCAGACGCUUACCAUCCUCCUAUUUAUAUAGUAGCUGUCCGCAAGCUAGAGGCAAACAAUAGUAUUUCGUCAAGUGAACAGGAUAUACGAUUUGAUCCGUCGACGUUUUGGGGCUAUGAAGCGUCAAAACGUAAUAAAGGGAAAAAACGGAGACCUAUUUUAAAUAAUGGGAAAUCAAUACCAGACAGCGAAUGGUCUUUGAGUCUGGCUGAUGUGGAGCUAGCUCUUGAAAAACUCAAACCAAAAAGGUCCACUGGUCCAGACGGCAUUCCGCCGUACAUCAUUAAAGAUUGUCGGUCAGUGUUUGCUUCCCCUUUGUUGUACAUUAAAGAUGUAAACCUUUGUUGUACAUCUUUAAUUUGUGUCUCACAACCUGUCGGUACCCAGAUGUGUGGAAAAUCACACGUGUGGUUCUGGUACCUAAGAAUAAUUUCGGAACAAACAGUAUUUGGCAAGUUGUUUGAAAGUAUCUUACAUCGCUUGAUAAGUGUACAGGUUGAGAUCCAACUGUCUGAUGCUCAGCACGGAUUCAGAGUUGGUCGUUCGACUACGAGUAACUUAUUAUCAUUUUACUCAUACGCUGCUAUGGGGGUGGAUAGAGGCUUUCAAGUUGACACUGCAUAUUUUGAUUUCCGGAAGGCGUUUGAUACGGUCGAUAACGACUUAUUGCUCCGUAAAUUUGCAGCCGCCGGAUUUACUCCUGCCUUGUUACAAAUAUUCUCCUGCUACCUGCGGAGGCAGUAUGUGCAGUUUAAUGGACAAUGGUUUUCCGGAAUAAGUAAAGGUUCCAAUUUAGGGUCUCUUGAGUUUCUGAUUUUUAUUAACGAUUUGCCUGAUGCCGUUAGUGCAGCUCAUAGUUUGUUAUUUGCAGAUAAUUUGAAAUUAUUCUUAAAAAUCAAAAUGCCAUCGAAUUGCUAUAUGUUACAAAAAGACGUCCAAAAUGUUGAAGAAUGGAGUAAGCGGAAUAGGCUUAUGUUUAAUGAUGAAAAGUGCUCUAUAAUAUCAUUCACGCGCGCAAACAUUCCAUUCAAGUACGACUAUCGUUUAACCGACGUUGUUUUAGGGCGACUAUCUACUAUCAAAGACUUAGGAGUCUUGCUGAGUGAUAAACUGAGCUUUACCGACCAUGUUUACAAUAUUACUAAAACGGCAUACAAAUACCUAGGUUUUGUUUUGAGGCAGUCAAAAAACCUUGAAAGUGUUGCUGCGGUCAAAAUUUUGUACAACUGUUUCGUCAGAAGCACGUUAGAAAGUAACUCAGUUAUUUGGAGUCUACAUAAGGGGUACCAUUUUCAAUCCCUCAGUCUUAGAGCUAAUAUCGUUGAACGUUCCUGUCAAAUACACUCGCGCUCGUCGACACAAGCUAUUUGCGGUGCCUGGCUGUCGAUUGGUACUGGUGAGCGAGACACCUUUGAUACGCGCGUUGACUUUGCUCAAUGGUGUCCUGGCCUGGAAUUCAAGCCUCGACUUGUUUAA